GCUGCAGUGUGUCCGAAUGGAGGCAGGGGGUGUUGGAAGUUCACCUUCAUGGCUGUCACGUAUCAAAUGACAAUGUAGGAAAAGUUUCGCAGCAGAGGCAGCGGAGCACAGACAAAGACUCGAGCAGCAGAAAUGUCGGGGCACAAAGUGUCAGCUGUGAGCGGGGAGGAAGAGGAGGAUGAAGCUCUGGGAUAUUACGACGACGAAGACGACCUGGAGGCGUUUUCCGAGUCUGAGCUGGGCUGUGAGGACGGAGUAUUGGGCUUCAACGACCCUCUGAGUGGAGAAGUCAAACCUCGUAUCCUGCUGAUGGGUCUGAGGAGGAGCGGGAAGUCCUCCAUCCAGAAGGUGGUCUUCCAUAAGAUGUCGCCCAACGAGACGCUGUUCCUGGAGAGCACCAAUAAGAUCUGCAGAGAGGACGUCUCCAGCAGCUCCUUCGUCAGCUUCCAGAUCUGGGACUUCCCCGGACAGAUCGACUUCUUCGACCCCACGUUUGACUACGAGAUGAUCUUCAGAGGAACCGGAGCGCUCAUCUUUGUCAUUGACUCACAGGAUGACUACGUGGAGGCUCUGAGGAGACUUCAUCUCACGGUGACCCGCGCCUACAAAGUCAACCCGGACAUCAACUUUGAGAUUUUCAUCCAUAAAGUGGACGGACUGUCAGACGACCACAAGAUUGAGAAGCAGAGGGACAUCCACAAACGGGCCAACGACGACCUGGCAGACGCAGGCCUGGAACAGAUUCACCUGAGCUUCUAUCUAACCAGCAUAUACGACCACUCCAUUUUUGAGGCGUUCAGUAAAGUGGUCCAGAAGUUGAUCCCACAGUUGCCCACGCUGGAAAACCUGCUCAACAUCUUCAUAUCUAACUCGGGUAUCGAGAAGGCCUUCCUGUUCGAUGUGGUCAGUAAGAUUUACAUCGCCACAGACAGCAGCCCGGUGGACAUGCAGACGUACGAGCUGUGCUGUGACAUGAUCGACGUGGUCAUCGACAUCUCCUGCAUCUACGGUGUGACGGACAGUGGAGCUGGUCUGCCUUACGACGAGGAGUCCAUGGCCAUCAUCCACCUGAACAACACCACAGUCAUGUACCUGAAGGAGGUCACCAAGUUCCUCGCCAUGGUCUGCUUUGUGCGCAGGGAGAGCUUCGAGAGGAAAGGGCUGAUCGACUACAACUUCCACUGCUUCAAGAACGCCAUCCAGGAGGUUUUUGAUGUUCGAGUCAAGGUUCAACAGAAUCGUAAACUCCUCAGUCAGAGAAGGUGGAGCAAACUAAGUAUGACCAACGGAGUGACCAACAACUCCAACUGAGGACAAGAUGAAAUCACACAAAGUGCCUGAACUGGAUCGUGACAAAUCCAGGAGAAGUCCCUCUGCUUUUAAAGGAGCACUUUUUUUUGUUUUCUCCUUAGUGAGAAUCAUGAAGUCUGUUCUGUCUUCGGUGACUUUGACUGCCGUCCUACCAGGAAGAAGCCGACUGUUUUUUUUUUUACCAACCUUGCUCAUUUAUGUGCCAAAAUUAGUUUCAAGAAGGCACCGCUAAAAACGUACAGGAAGAGUUCGGUUUUAUAUGUAGCAGGCAGGUUUAGCUGCUUCUAGUGAGAAAAGAAUGUAACUUUAAGACCUAUGGUCUCUAUUAACCAUUACAGUUAGCUUUAAUAAGAACAGAAACAUAAGACAGCAGCCAAGUUUUGUGAUUUAACUUUCACUAAAUACACUAAAGGAAAGAAAUAGAUGGGAGGCAUGACAAACAUGCUGGUUCAUAGGACAGACUUUAAGAUGUUUUCCAUGGCUUUCUGUAAAAAAAAGGCUCUAUUUUCACACAUGCACUCCCGAAGGUGUCUAAACAGCCUGCUGCUGAAACCUUUCUGAGUUGGUUAUUUACACACUUCUCUCACAGUGGGAAGUUUCCUUUCAGACAGUAAGUAACACAUGAUAUCAACAUGUUUGUGCUGAAAUCCAAGAUGGUGGACAAAGCAACAGAGUCUGACACAGUAACGACUGAUUGAGUGGUUUUUGGUUUUAUAUAGAUGCUGGGUUAUUUGGACGUAUUCACGGUAUCAUCAAAUGAAUGGAGAAGAAUACACGAGUGAGCAGAAAGAAAAUAUGAAGAAGCUUCACGUCAUGCACAAGAUCCCACCCAUGUUUCUCCAGCCUCUUUAUGUUCACGCCCUCAACUUCUCCUCCACAGUGAAUUUUCCUGAAUGUUUUCCUGCGGCAUUCACACAUCGGCUCAACACCAACUUCAUGCAGAAAUGUUAAGAGGAGGCUGGCAGGAAAAGGUCUGGAUAAAGUCUGUUUGCAUUCACACAUGUAGCUUAACUUGAAGAUUUUGGGAAAUUUUCAGGAGUUUUUUUUUGCAUGUAUGUAAACGCCAAGAGUCAUUUAAGACGACUUAAGGCCUAUUGGGACUGAAAAUAUGUCUCUUCAAGCGAAGAGGUGUCUCUAGCAUGUGUUUAUCAGAGAUUUUCAUCCAGUUCAGAGUGUGUACAUGGGUAAUGUUUAGCACCAAUACUGCAAUAAUAGAGGGAAUGAUAUGCAAGAGUUAGAGUAUAAAUCUGAACCAGGUGGCUGCACCAAGGACCCCGACUUAGGCUGGAGAUACACUUGCUUUUAACUACACAAUCACAUGCACAUGAUGUCCUCCCCGCUGUGCACAUCCUCAAAAAUAAACGUAAUGCGGUAGUAAGAUGCAGUAUGGACAGGAUAGUGUAGGGGCUGAGGGGAUGUGACCAGGUGAACACAGCAGCAGGGACAACAAUGGCAGAACGGUUUGAGAAAAAGCUGAUAGAUCAAGUCUUAAUAGUCCCAAAGAAAACAAGAACAGGAUAAAGAUGCUCACCAUUGUCCUUAAAGGCUUGAUUUAAGAGUCUCAGAAUCAAUCUAUGCAAGUGCCUUUUCCUGCCGUUUUACAUGCCGUAUACUGUAUCUCUUAGUUGCAUGCAGCCUGAUCACUCUGGUGUGCCCUCCACUUCAAGAGGAGAGACUCCAGAUGUGAACCAAUUAGAAAGGCUUUGUUUGGUGUAAAAGGCGGGGUACCAGCUAGGUUCAGGACAGUUUUAAAAACAGCCUGUUUUCAGGACAACAGAUCGAUUACACAAGGGUGUUUCAAUCUGCAGGAGAUGUGCCUGUACAGAAUUCUUUUGCUGUAAUGUUCCGAGUUUGUAAUUGGAAAAAUGAUCCGGUGUGGCUGACUGUUGUGUUGCUCCAAUAAUUUAGGUAUCCCUGCUUUUAACAGUGUUUUUUUAUCUCACUAUCAAACUGAGAUAGACAACAAGGAAGCAUGAAGAAAUGUAUUACUCCUAAAGUGAAAAAGCUCAGUGUGCUAGACUGAUAAUGUGCCUUAUUUUAAUGUGUUUUUAUUGCUGAUUAUUUAUAUAAUUUAUGAUGCUUUCUACUGAUAGUUUACAUGAAAGGUUAUGCCCCUAUGAGGGAAAUUGGAUAUUUCCAUUUCCAACAUAAUAAAGUCAUUAUGUCGAUAUGACUGCAUGUGCUAAUUAAAACUAUUGUUACAUUUUUGAACCUUCAGGAGUUAUGAUUAAAAUAGAUAUGAGGUCACAUUUUUAAUAAUAACAAGGUUUUCAGUCUCAGGCUCCGGACCCUCCACAGAGUCAUUGAAUAUUCAAACGGAGAAUAAGCACGGGCUUGUCCAGACAAUUUAGACAAGGGGGGUGCCAUGCCACCGCUGACCACCCCACCCUACACACGCCUGGGUUUAAGGAGACGGGAAUGUGCACUCCUUGGACAAAUCUUAAUAGUACUGGUAUUAUAUUUUUGAAUGAAAAGAGGGUUUAAAGGGCAUCAGCGUGUCGGUAUAAAUCUUUGUGAGCUACGUCUGUGCUCUUGAGAGAAGGACAUAAAAGCAUUUCACAUGACAGGGUUGACGGCUGUAAUUGCUGCAAUUCUGAGAAUUUGGGAGCUUAGAAAGGUUACAGUCUACAGAAAUAAAGAGAACUCUGUAAGAGCAGCAGCUCAGACAGCUGUUUUUAAUGAUUCACGUGUUGAUUUCUACAGGAAAUGUAGGAUAUUUUUAUACAAGGAUAUAGGAAGAAUGUGUGACAUUUUACACUUAAAUUCAGCAGAAAUCCAGUAUAUCCUGUUUAAAUGUCUCUCUGAGUCAUGACUCUACAGUGAGUGAGAAGCUCGAGUCCCACUGGCUGUGUAGUCACAGAAGUUCUCUUCACUGUUUGAUAACUUAUCGAUGUUUUACUUAUUUAUGUAUUUAUUAACAUUUGUGAUUAAAUACAUUUCAACAUGA